AUGACUCGCUCUCGCACCGUCCCCAUGGGCUUGAUGGCAUGCGUUGCCCUCGCCUGUAUGACCCUUCUCAACCAGCCCUAUGUUUACGCCGAACCCGCUUCCCUCGAGGACAUCCAGCCUGGAACCCCCAUGAAGUCAGUUCCCGUUAACUUGAUGCCCCGCUCCUACAACGGUCGCCAGGACACCUUGAACAAGUUCCGACCCACCAACAGCAUCCAGCUCCGCUUCAUCGAUGCCUCUGACGACAACUACCUCGACUACGGCGCCUGCCAUCACGUCGACAUGGAUGUCGAGCUCAAGUCCGAGGCCGAGAAGCCCGAGGACCAGCGUACCAUCCAGUCUUUGAACCCCUUCGCCUUCCAGCACGCUGUCAGAACUUUCUCGUGCUCUGGUACCGGCAAGGACUUGAAGCUGAACAUGGAGCUCGACCCUCAGUAUGCUGCUCAGAUCAGCCGCUGGACUAUUGGCCCCUCCAAGAUCUUUGCCAUUGUCAUCCCCCACGACCAUGUUGACCUCAAGAAGAACCAGGCUUGUUUCUCCGUCUUGAACGCCCAGGCCAAGAAGUGGACCCAGUCCCACCCCAUGGAGACUGUUGUCAAGCUGGUCAAGAACCCUCGCUUCUUGAACGCCAAGAAGCGCAACGUCGUCACCUUCUCUGUGGCCAAGACCGAUAUCUGGUCGCAGAUGAACCGUAUUCAGUCUGUCCACAUUGCCCAUCGUGAGAUGGACGAGGUUCUUCCCAUGUUCUUCAACAAGCGCUCAAUUGCUGAGGAGAAGGGCCCCAUGUGGAACUUUGAGCGCGACCUCUCGCCUGCUACCCAGACUGUCUCACGCAGCAUGAAAGCUGACAAUGUCAAUGCCAACCUCGACAGAAGUAACGUCAAGGGCUAUGCCCAGGCUGAUAUGGCCUGGAAGCAGACCUGCAUCAAGAACAUUUUCACCGGCAAAGUCCACUGCCUCAAGUGGGGCAUCUCCCGCUCCAAGAUCUCCGGCACCACCGAGAUCAACCACUCUGCCCGCGUCGACAUCAAAAAGAAGAACGGCGGUCGCUCCAACGGCCCAUCCAACCCCAUGUUGACCUUGACUCGUGUCAACGUCACCACCCCUACCUUCACCAUCGUUGCCCCCGCCGCUUUGCUUGGAUUCUCUGUCCCCGGUGUCUUUGACCUCGGUGCCAACAUUGCUGUCGCUGGUGCCGUCUCGUUGAACAUUCUCGUCCAGGCCACCGAGGACCUCUUGCUCAACACUGGCAGUUCCUCCUCUUGCCCUUGGACCAUCGACUGGAACGGUGGCCUCACCAGCAAGCCCGAGAUCCAGUUCGGUACCUGCACUCUCCCCGGCACCCCCAAGUUCAUCACCAACCCCGGCCAGGCUUUCAAGAUCAAGAGCCAUGACAACGCUCUCUACCUCGGACCUGACCCCAAGGCUCUCGUUGCCAGACGCACUAAUGCUAGAAACGCCAUCUUUGCUGCCGUCCCCGCUGCCCCCGCCAAGGGUUCCCGCCAGUCAGCCUUUGUCAGACUAGGAAUGAACGUUAUUCCCUCGUUGAACUUGGGUCUCAAGGUCUUUGGUCUUAACGCUGUCAACGCCGGUGUUGUCGCUCCUCUGAACUUGGGCAUCAACACCAACUGGGACACCCAAAAGACCGAACAGUGCCCCGCCAACAACGUGGCCAUCUACGCUGAUGGAAGGGCAGCCUUGAUGCUCGAGGGUACUUUCUUUGGAUUCAGCAAGACCAUUGCUCCCGUUUACAGCCCUACUCUCAACUCGCCACCCGUUUGCAUCAAGGUCUAG